AUGCUAGACUUUAGUGAUAACAGGGCAGACAGUUUUGCUGGACAUAUACAGUGCAGCAAAAUUCCAGGUCUAGUUUCCUUGAAAGAUAGGACGCUGCUUGUCCACCAGGGUACCAUCCUUACCAUGGAUCUUUGUUUUGACAUCCCCGAUGGUAUCUGGGCUCUCAACCUCGAGAACAAGGGUCUCACCAGUCAACUUCUUGAUGAAGAUUCUCUGGAUGUGCAGAACGAGAUGGAGAUCUUCGUCAAGACCCUCGCCGGCAAGACGAUCACCAUCAAGGUUGAUCCAUCUGACACCAUCUACGUGGUCAAGGCAAAGAUCCAAGAUCAGCAGCGCCUUGUUUUCAAUGGGGGGCAGCUUGAAGAUGAGCGUACUCUGGCUGAUUAUGACAUCCAGGAUGAAUCCACUCUCACCCUCGAUCUGCCCAUCCAAAGGAGGAGGAUGCUAAUCCGUGUCAAAACGCAUUGCAAAUCCACCCUCUGUAAGUUGGAGGAAGAAGCUAUUGUUCUGUUGGAUUAG